UGGAACGCGUGCGUGACGACGGGCGCUGGACUACGGGGUGCCACGGGACUCCACACGCACUCUCUCUCACACACUCACACCGACCCCCUGGGGGAAAACGGAUGAUCGUUUCUACAGUAUAAGGAUUAUACUUUUUAUAUUGUACUCUAUAUCACUUGGAACUAUUGUUACCAGAUAGAGAUAUGGAUAACUCGUACUGUUUCCUGGCCAUGUCCAUGCUGGUUCUGUCCCUCGGGUUUAGGAUAGAGGAGGGCAUGUGCCAACAUUACUACCUCCUCCGUCCCAUCCCCAGCGACACUCUCCCCAUAGUGGAGCUCAAAGAGGACCCAGACCCUGUCCUGGAUCCGAAAGAACGGGACCUGAACGAGACCGAACUAAGAUCCAACUUGGGUAGUCACUUCGAUUCUCACUUCAUGUCCAUCACCCCGCCAGAGGACAAGUACUCGGGCAACGAGGACCUGAGCGACUCGGAGAUGCGUCAGAAGCCAUCCGUCGCGAUGCCCAAAGAGAUCAAAGCCAUGGAGUUUGAGAUCCAGCAAGGCAAGAAGCACAAGCCAAGUAAAAAACUCAGAAGAAGGCUGCAACUGUGGCUGUGGUCUUACACCUUCUGUCCAGUUGUUUAUACAUGGAACGACCUCGGGAACAGAUUCUGGCCACGCUACGUGAAGGUGGGGAGCUGCUACAAUAAGCGUUCUUGUUCGGUCCCUGAAGGGAUGGUUUGCAAACCUGCCAAAUCGGCCCAUUUUACGAUCUUAAGAUGGAGGUGCCUGCAGAGAAAGGGAGGUCUGAAAUGCGCUUGGAUACCAGUUCAGUACCCCAUUAUAUCUGAGUGCAAAUGCUCCUGCUCGAACUGAAAUAAACUGAAAUGAAUUUUUUGUGUUAUUAUUUCAACAACAAAAAAUCAUAGUUACAUGAUUGUUUUUUAUAUGCACUGCCAAGUGUAAGAAUGUAUAUUUUAUGUAUAUGUGGCGCCAUUUAAUUUUAUGAUGACACACUUUGUAGAAAGGUCAGUAUUAUUAUUACAAUAUAACCAGCAUCUACUGUAUUUGUUGAACAUAUCUUGAAUGUGAUGUAUCUUUAUAUUUAUAUUGAAGAAGAGCACUUCGCAUUGCGAACCAUUAAAAUACUGUUAUUGAAG